CCAAAAGACAAAAUAUUGGCACAAAGCCUCCCACACAACACAACAAAUCAAUGACAAAACAAUCCCGGUAAGAGCCAGACAAGGCUACUUAGUAUAAUACCCUUUCGAUGAGAAGCACGGUGGUGAUAUUGAUCCCUCUUUUUUUCUUUUUUCCACUGCCUUCUGUAAGCUGGAAUAAACAAACAAAACAUUUUCUCACAUAUAGCAUCGAAGCAAUCACCACCACCGUCGCCGCCAAGAUUCCACCCUUUCAGCAACUUCCCUAUCACCUUUUUCUCCCUUCUCCUCCAACAGCUGCCGGGUUUGAUCAAUCAACCGUCUCUGUCUCUCCCUCUCGUUCCUAUAAAGCAUCUACAACACCCAGAACCAGAAAUCACAUCGACCUCAUCUCCUUCUUUCCGCCCCUGUCCCAAUCAAACAGAGCAGUUCUAAGUUCUAACACACACACACACACACAUAUAGCUUCAGUGGUAAGGCGCAAAGGCGGCAUUGGCAUUGCUACUACACCUCCUGCAACAAUGGUGACGGCCGCUAUGGCGUUGUUGGCGACUCUGAUUGUGGCUAUGGAGUUGGGAAUUGGAUUUUCCCAGCCGCAGAGCAUUAUUGGCCGGACCAGCUUCCCCAAGGGUUUCACCUUCGGAACUGCCUCCGCUGCUUUCCAAUACGAAGGAGCAGUAGAAGUGGAAGGAAGAGGACAAACCAUUUGGGACACAUAUUCUCACACCUUUGGCAAAAUAAUCGAUUUUAGCAAUGCUGACGUUGCCGUGGACCAGUAUCAUCGCUUCACUGAGGACAUUCAGUUGAUGAAGGAUAUGGGCCUCGACUCCUAUCGAUUCUCCAUUUCUUGGAGUCGCAUUUAUCCUGAUGGAAAUGGGCAAAUCAAUCAAGGUGGAGUGGACCAUUACAACGAGUUCAUCGAUGCGUUGCUAGCUAAUGGAAUCCAGCCCUACGUCACAUUGUACCACUGGGACCUCCCUCAAGCCUUGUACGACAACUACACUGGAUGGUUGGACCCUCAGAUCAUAAAAGAUUAUGCGAGGUAUGCAGAGACAUGCUUCAUGAAAUUCGGGGACAGAGUGAAACAUUGGAUCACGUUCAACGAGCCUCACACGUUCACGGUGCAGGGCUACGAUUCGGGCCUCCAGGCACCUGGCCGAUGCUCCUUCCGCCUCUGGUGCAAAGAAGGGAACUCGGACGUCGAGCCAUACAUCGUUGCGCACCACACGAUCCUCGCUCAUGCUGCUACGGCCGACAUCUACCGACGGAGGUACAAGCCAACCCAGAAGGGAUCUAUUGGGGUAUCAUUUGAUGUUAUUUGGUUCGAGCCUGGAACCAACUCGCCGGAAGAUGUGGAAGCGGCCCAACGGGCCCAAGAUUUUCAGUUGGGCUGGUUUUUGGACCCGAUGAUGUUGGGAGAUUAUCCAAGCUCGAUGAGGAGCCGGGUCGGGACCCGUCUGCCAAAGUUCGCAGAUUCUGAUGUCUCUCUGGUCAAAGGGUCGUUGGACUUUGUUGGCAUUAACCAUUAUACGACGUAUUAUGCGAGGAAUAGUUCGUGUGGGAUCAUUAACCUCCUUAAUGACACCCUUGUUGACUCUGGAACCACUGCUUUCCCAAUCAAAGAUGGGAAACCCAUUGGAGACAGGGCGAAUUCGAUAUGGUUGUAUAUAGUACCGGAAGGUAUGAGAAAAUUAAUGAACUAUGUCAAGAAUAGAUAUGGAAACCCUCCAGUGUUCAUCACCGAAAAUGGCAUGGAUGAUCCAAACAGCCCGUUCAUCCCCCUUCAAGAUGCGUUAAAAGAUGAUAAAAGGAUAAAUUACCUUAAUGACUAUCUCACAAACUUAUUGGCUUCCGUCAAGGAAGAUGGAUGCAAUGUGAAGGGGUAUUUUGUGUGGUCUUUGAUGGACAAUUGGGAAUGGUCAGCUGGAUACACUUCAAGAUUUGGUCUCUACUUUGUAGACUAUAAGGACAACUUGAAGAGGUAUCCUAAGAACUCUGUGACCUGGCUCAAGAAUUUCUUGGGUAAUUCUGUUUAGAGUUUUGGACAAGCGUAGUACUACAAACAUGAGAGAUUUGAUCCAACAGAUUUUAUUGCCUAUUUCUUGAGUGGAGGGUUGUAAUAAAAUAAACUCCAAAUA